UCGCUAACUGAACGAACCCCAUAGCCACCCGGACCCCAUUUUACAGCUUGUCUUUCAUCCAACCAUUUUCUCUGACCGAUCGAAAAUAAAAAGCAAAGAAGUAGAUUGGUUACCAACUUGGAGGGAGGGUGUGACCUCAGAUCAAAACGAGAACACGUUAAUAUUGUUACAUCAUAAAGAAACAAUGUGGAGAAGACUAGCCUCUUCACACCUCAAAACCCUAGCCACCGCCUCCGCCUCCGCCUCCGCUUCCGUCCGACCUACUCAAUUCCCGCUCCUUAACCGAUCUCCUUCCGCUUCUGUCUUCAAUCGCUAUCUCAGCGCCGGUUCAGUGGAUGGUGCAGUAAAGAAGAGGGUUGAGGAUGUAAUGCCUAUUGCUACUGGGCAUGAGCGGGAGGAGCUUGAAGCCGAGCUUGAGGGAAAGAAACUUCUUGAUAUAGACUUUCCUGAAGGCCCUUUUGGCACAAAGGAAGAACCUUCUGUUAUCAAGUCCUACUAUGACAAGAGAAUAGUUGGAUGCCCUGGAGGUGAAGGAGAGGAUGAACAUGAUGUUGUGUGGUUUUGGCUGGAGAAAGGCAAGCCUCAUGAAUGCCCAGUGUGCACACAGCACUUUGUGCUUGAAGUUGUGGGCCCUGGAGGACCACCCGAUGGACAUGGUGAUGAUGAUGAUCAUCAUCACUAGUUGCAGCUUUCAAUUUUGCUGUUGGAAUAAAAUGUGAGAAGAUGAUGAGACAAUUUCAAGUAUACAAGUGCAGCUUCGAAGUUCAAAAGCUUUAUUAUGUCUUUUUUGUAUUUGAUUGGUCCUCUAUUGUUGUGGCUGUUGCUUUGGCAACAAUUGGAAUGGAUCUCCUCUUGUGGUUAUGUAGGCAGAGGCUACUGGAACUCAGGAUUUUGUUAGGUUCUUUUUAUGCAUUUGCCAAAUAAUCCGUAGCUAAGCUUACAUUCUUUCGGGUUUCAUGGAACUUCGUGUAGUUUCAAGGGAGCCAUUGAAUCUUUUACAGUGGACUACACCAUUUUCAGGAUCGUUGGAGUUCUGCGGUGCCCUUCAAUGGUAUGAUUAUGGCACGAAUGAAUUCUUUGACUGGAUAAUCCGUUACGAGCUUGUCGGAGUGAUCUUUCACAGAUAGUAAUAAAUUUUGAUGACACAGUAAUUUUAUUUCUGAUAAUUGAAUAAAUAUUGGAUGCU